AUGAUACCUGAGAAGCAAAUCCCGACCAAGGCGUUCGUCAUUGAUGCCCCAGGGUCCCCAUUUGUUAUGCAAGAUGUAAUUCUGGACGAAGUUCGGCCCCACGAGGUGUUGAUCGAGAUGAAGUAUACUGGCUUGUGCCACACAGAUAUUGUUGUCCAGAAGGGUGCGAUCCCCAUUGGUGAAUUCCCGGCUGUGCUAGGACAUGAAGGCGCCGGCAUCGUCCGGCGAGUUGGUACCGCAGUGAAAGACAAAACCCUAGCGGAGGGCGACCAAGUCUUCUUGAGUUUUACCACAUGCAACAAGUGCACCCCAUGUGACGAAGGGCGUCAUGGAUUUUGUCGUCAAUUCAUGCCAAUCAACUUCGCUGGUGUCAGGGGUAUGUCCGCAGCAGAUUCACCCAUAAAGUCUACGAGUGGUCAGCCCAUCCGAGGUCAAUUCUUCGGGCAGUCAUCUCUGAGUAAGCUGGCCAUCGUCGCAGAGACUUCAAUUGUGAAGGUCUCAUCUGGUAUCAGUGAGACUGACUUGGCUGCGCUGUCCCCUCUGGGAUGUGGGUAUCUCACUGGAGCGGGCACAGUCUUGAAUGUUCUUAAGCCAAAGCCAUCAUCCCGUUUUGUUGUGCUUGGAAUGGGGGCUGUCGGAUUAUCUGCGAUGAUGGCUGCACGGGCUCUCGGUGUUGAGAACGUUGUAGCUGUAGAUAUUGUCGAUGCGAAGCUCGAACUAGCCAAGUCUCUUGGUGCUUCUCACAUAUUGAACACGAAGAGCGUUUCAGACCUUGCUGAGGGGUUGCGUGAAAUGUUCCCCGAUGGCGUGGAUCACAUUAUUGACACCACGGGUGUUGUCCCUCUGCUUCAGUCGUCAAUCAAGGCGCUGGGUCAUGAAGGUAUGCUGGCGAUUGUGGGUGUCGCUCCUGGUGGUUCCUCGUUGACCAUCGACCCGCUCGACAUCAUGCUCAACUGCAAGCGAAUUGUCGGAUCCAUCGAAGGGUCUGCAAAUCCUGCACAGAUUCUCCCUCAAUUGAUUGAUCUAUACAAACAGGGUAAAUUCCCCGUUGACAAGUUAGCCAAAGUUUAUAAGGCCGACGCGAUCGAGCAAGCAUUGAGCGACUUGCAUUCGGGUAGGAUCAUCAAACCAGUGCUUGACUGGACGACUGUAUAA